AUGACCGAAGCUCAGUUCCCAUACGGGAUUACCUCCUGUCCCAUGGAGAGUCUCAUUGAUUCGCAUAUGGGACAACACGAAGAGCUCGGCCAGCACCCCUUCAUCGCCAGUGACUUUCCUUUAACGAUGCAGGAUGGACUGGAUCCUUUCUGGGCUGCUGAGCAAUUCAACUGGGUGAAUGAAUACCCGGUCAAAUCGACCACACCUCAACCAUACCCGCAAAUGUGGUAUGAAGCCGGCCUCGUGAGACAGGACCGUGGAAUGAAAACCGAUCCUACAAGUUUCUCACUCCACCAAUCAAUCCCGUUCCAAACCACCGAGAAUCCGCCGAUCAAUCCCCGCCCUGAUAUAGAGCUCGCAACACAAAGAGCCCUCUUCAUGACUCCCUCCCCAAACACUCUAUUCCCUUCCCCCGGAUCUCCUCCAUUUGAUCCCCACGGGUCCCCGGACUCUAGCUACGCUUCAUCACGGGGGUGGGAUGGGGAAGCCGAGCACGAAGAUUCCCACUACAAGUUCGAUUUCGGGCCGUCGGCAUUAGACGCCCAAUAUCAGGCUCCUGGUCAGACCCACACCGUCCGCUCCCCGCAUCAAUACCCAAGAAAAGACGAAGAAUGUCUCACACCACUCGAAAUGCCAGAUGGGAGUACCCGCAUGACAUUGAAUUGGCUCCCCGUCGACCCUGACGCGGGGUUUGCGAUUGGUUCGGCCAUGAUGAUGAAUGAGGAUGAAGCUGCGUUUCAGGACGUGAAGCAUGCUUUCUUUCCAUCCACCGCCGCGGCUUGGUCGUAUGACCCUUGA